GAGGAGGGGGGUUGGUCCGGGAGAGCAUGGCCGCAGGAGCCACAGCGCUGAUGACUUGGUUUGGUUCCUGCACGUUGAUAACAGAGCUCUUCAGGGGAUUUUUAACCCGGAGAUCGUGUGCGUUUACGCGCGGAGGAGACGUUUGAUUCACUGCGUGUGUUGUUGUUGCUCGGCGGGGCAGAGGUGCUCGGGCGAGCUGCGGGGAACAAACCCGGAGCUGAAAGCUGCUGGUUUUUGAGUCUUCUUUUCGGUGAUUCACAGCCAACUGAGCGAGAGAUCCAGCGCCGGAGGAAAGCGACGGCACAAGGGACUGCGUCUCCACAGAGGUUUACCCUUUUGCAUCGUGGAACAUUUACUCUCUUUUUCAACUGCGUCGCUGCGCUGCUUUCUCUCUGGGAAAUUCAACCGAGUUGGAGAAACUGUUCGCCGCGCGGAGUUGAGCCGAAUGCAGAGAGUUGCUGAAUCAAGCUGAAAUCAUCUGGAUUUUAAAUUGCUUGUUUUACUUUGCCGAGAACUGCUGGUUUGAAUUAAAGUGGGGAAGAGUUUGGUGCAAAGUCAUUGACCUGACUGUCAGACUGAUCCUAACCCGCUCUGUUUAGAGGACAUCUUUCGCGUUUUCCCCCUUUCAACGCAGAGUAGGGGGACUACGUCUGUGCGGGAAUAAAACGCGUAAAAGCUGCAAGACUUCAUCCCAAAAUAUAUUCAUCUUUAACCCUGACACUGAGGAAAGGACUGUAAUCGAUUUGGCUUCAUCGGAGUUCCACAGCAAACAUGCCGCAGGUGGAAAUGAUCCUCUUCCUCCUCCUCAUCAUUGGGAUGUGUGUGUUCGGCCAGGACCCGGCUUCCAAGGUGGUGUCCGACCGCUACGCCGUCUACUGGAACCGGACCAACCCCAAGUUUUACCGUGGUGAUUACCACAUCGACGUCUGCAUCAACGACUACCUUGACGUCUACUGUCCGCACUACAUCGGCCCGGUGUCUGACGAGCGGGCCGAGCGCUACAUCCUCUACAUGGUGAACUAUGACGGCUACAGCUCCUGUGACCACACGGCUAAGGGCUUCAAACGUUGGGAGUGCAACAGGCCUCUAUCGCCAAACGGACCGCUCAAGUUCUCCGAGAAGUUCCAGCUCUUUACUCCCUUCUCCCUGGGCUUCGAGUUUCGUCCUGGCAGAGAGUACUAUUAUAUCUCCUCCAUCACCGACGACAAGGGGAGAAGGAGCUGCCUCCGACUCAAAGUCUUCGUCAGGCCUCAGAACAAUUGUGUGAAAAACUCCGGGACCGCGCAGGAAGGGGUCGAUUUUGACGAAAACAGCCACAACUCUCUAGAACCCAGAGACGGCAUCGGUCACGAGUCACCAGAGCCGGCCCGACGGGAUGUGAACUCUGCUGGUCGGCGCCAGACUUCAGUUCUCCUCCUAAGCUCCUCCCUCAUCCUCCUGGCUGCCAUCUUGUCUUUAUAGCGCACGAGUUAGAGGAAUCCACCAGGAAAGGACUGUCCUGAUUGGACUACAGGCCUCCCAUACCCUGAAACCCCCCUCCCCUCAAGGAGCACUUUUCUAAAAAAAAAACGAACACUGACAAUCUCUCGAGCUGAAAUAAAAAGAGAGAAGGAAUGGACUUCAACGCUGAAGCCUUUUGUUGUAUUUGACUUGCCAACUCGCGUGACUCUUGACUUUCUGUUGGGUGCUGACGACCAAGGCGCCCUGAGGUGACAAAAGGCGGAGUCUCUUACCUGUUUGCCUCACUACCGUUCACAGUAUGCAGAUAUUAUACAUUUAACACAUACAUGUUUUGAACACACUCACACAAACUACACAAUCAGUCGACUUUUUAGCUGUAAUUUCAAAAAAGCACAGCAGGAUCCCUUAAAAGUUUACAGACUUUUUAUUAUUAUUUGUGUGUGUGUGUGCGUGUGUGUGUGUGUGUGUGUGUUAGGGGAAAAACAUCACAAAUCCCACACAUGAACCAACAUUAAAUCUCAUGUCAAAGUCAAAGAAGUUGAGAAGAAGAUCCGGGAGCGACACUUCCCCCAUGUUCCAACAACAGAAAAAAAAAAGAAAAAAAAGGAAAACGAAAAGGAUGUUGUUUCUAGGAGACUGUUGCCAAGGGCGCUGGAGUUACGGGGAGGCAGGCCUUUGAUGACUUAACCUUCCUCUCAGGUUAAAAAGGAGUCGGAUGCAUCCUCUCAGACAGCGGAGGAGCAUUGUUGAGAGUUAAAAAAAAAAAGGAAACAUUAAAGAAGCACUCAUCUUUUAGUGUUUGGAUAGAGGAGGUUUAAUGAUCGAUUAAUGUGUUUGUUUUAAUAAAUCACGUAAUUCAAUUGUAGCAGCCAACACGGGUGUACAGUAAAAUAUUUGAAAGGAGCGUAGAAGUGGAUAUUUGCCAGGCAAAAUGUAUUUUUUCCUAUUUAUUGUGAAGUCCUUGUGCUUUUUUUUCUUCCUGUUCUGUUUAGUCUGCAAGUACAGUAGAAGGGCAAUAAAAAAAACAACUGACCCAUUAAGUUAGCUCAUACCACACCCAGUUUAUUUGAUACAAUCAUACAAGAACACCGAGUACAGCUUAUGUAUCUGCUUGAAAUGAUCGCUGAUGAUGUUUUUUAAAACGUUUUUAACAGAAAGAAAAAAAAAGUCUGAUGUGCUAUCAGGGUGUAGAAAUCGUAGAAUGCUUGUGUUUCGAAUCUGUCAUUAAAAUGUCACCGAUGUAGUUUUACUAUAACACUAUUGCUUUUGUGAAUCACUGUUAAAACACGACUAUUGUAUAUAAAGACAGAGGCAAAUCUCCUACAGAGUUCAGGGAUGUGUCCAUAACUAACAUGAGGUAAAAAAAAAAAAAAAAAAAAGAUUUUUUUUAAAGCAGCACAAGUUUUCUGUGGCUGAAGAUGUUUCAGAGAGACAGUGACGGACUUAUAGAGCAGUAAGUGUAAGCGGGCAGGGUGUGUGUGAGCCCUGUGUGAUGUCAUGGAGUACACAGAGCGAGGUGUCCUGAGAGAGUAAAGAGAAGGAGAUGUAGAGCCGUGUGGUGCUCCUGCUCAGAUCAAUAGUCAUGGUUUAAAGCAGGAACAGGUCGAACAUUUCCUCUCCACUGCGCUUGUGUGAACGGACUUACAAUCUGAGAUUCUAAAGUGAUGCACAUUUCACCUGUUUAUAUUAAGGAAGUAUCAUCACUCUUAUUCUCUAAUGUGUAGUUCAAGGAGAUAUUUCUGAUGGAGUGGCAUGCCUAUGAGUGAUUAUGAUCAUCGUUAAAUUGUUUGCGUUCCCUUAUCCAUCCGUCCAUCGCUACGAGUGCGCCGUGCAAUUGAGAAAACUUAGCAUCCCCGAUCUCCUUCUUCCUGCUCCCAAGCUAACGUCAAUAGAAUCCGUCCAUUGCCUUGAAUGAUGUGCGAGCCCUUUUCCUCACUCGGCUAUCGAUACAUGCCAGGUCUUUUUUUUUUUUACCUGGACUCUCAUGUCACUUAAGUGUGAAAGUCACUCUUGAAUGUAUAUAAGUCUCUUGAAUAACCGGCAGUUGACUUAUAGUUUUUGCUUAAUUCUGCAUUAUACUGACUUUGUCUCAACUCAGAGUCGUCGGUGCUCCAUCGCUAUACAGACAAUAUGAAAACUCAGAUAAUCAGCUGAUCAUGUUUUCCACCCAUCACUCUCAGCAGAAUCGACAAAUAAAACCACAGCCCUGCUGUUAAACCUGUAGCUCGCCUGCAUGCUACACUUAAGAAAAGCGCUGGUCAAACCAAGAAAACUAUGAUGACAACUUUUGUCUUUAUAUCAAUUCAACAUGUAGUUCGACAUAUUCAUCUUAUCGUUAGAAAACAUAAUGAAGCAGUUUCAUAACGUGUAAGGUGAUCAUGCGACAGCAGCAGGAUAUUAACAUCGCCAUCUGCUCAAUCUCACCUGCGCUGAAUUUUCCUGAAUAUUUCCUGCUUCAUUCUCACAUCGUCUCGUUCCAACAUCACAGACUUUUUCAGGAGUUUUGUCUAAAUGUGAAAGCACUAUAGGAGCCGCUGACAAUUUUUAGAUAACUUCUGUCGCCUCUCUGUUUCUAAGAGUAAAUUAAAACAAUAACAUUCAUGUAUGUCAGCACAAAAUCUUAAUGAAAACGUCAUUACAUUCUAGCUGAGAGUGCCGAGGAGAAAUAAUUAAAAUGUUUCACAAAGCAAGUUGAUUAGUUUCAGGAAAUACCGUUUAAUUUAAGAGCAAAACUGAUGAUCAAAAAACGCUUCCUCCUCACACCUAUACCAGCCUUGAUGCUUUUUAUUCUACCAUCAUUAAGAGUCCACUGUCACUGCAGCCAUCGCCUCCAGACACUCCAUGUUGAGAAAACCCAAUCAGUUAGUUUUGUGGAUACUGUGUAUCCAACAAUUAGCAUUAUUGUAACAUACAGUCUUAGAUACUUUCUCUUUUUUUCACACCUCUUUUCAAGGGCAAUUUAACUGACACAUUAAUAUUCUUAGCAAGAAAAAAAGCUCACUGUUUGAUAUGAAAAAAAAAAACGCUUUGUUUCAUUUUCUAUGUCUUUUAUAUGGAACAAGAAAAAGUACAGGAUCAUCAUUGCACCGUCUGUCUGUAAACGUUUGUGUGUGCAAACAUGCAGUGAGGUCGGGAUACAAUCAUGAAUCAAAGAGUCUGAAGAAACGAUAGAUGGAAGAAUAUCUGUUCCCCCCAAGCCACUAUUGUUGCAUCUAACAUGUUAUUCAGAUGUCGGAUGCAGAAAUAGUUGGUGUUCAAGAUCACCAUUAUGACAGUGAUCACAAUAUUUAAUCAUGCUAACAUGGCUGACAUUUUCAUUAGAUGUUAUGCUCAGAAGAGGAAGCUCAGAUGCUGAUAUUUUAACUUCUGUUACAGGUUUGAAAGUGUAAAUGUAGAGAUUUGGACAUUUUUUAUCAUUUCCCUCUUUCUAUAAUAAUUUGGCAACUACAAAUAAAAUGGUUUGCAAAAAUCCAGAGGGUCAUUAGGUGAUCAUUCUAGUUGAUACAACUUAUUUUUACUUGUGAGGUAGGCCAACUGUUCGAAAACACUUAGGCUAACAUAAGCAGUAGACAUCUUCCUAGCUUAUCUUAGUGUUAGCCUGCAAAGAAAACUUCAUGCUAGCUAGCAUCGCUGUUUGCUUGCCAAAGUCACUGUUAGCUAGGAACUAAAUAUUGAAUAAUUCAUGACGUAUUGGCCGCUGUAAGAAAACAGUUAGCAUUUUAUUCAACCAUAAAUUCAACCAUUUAUUGUUAGCUUGCUUAAAGCCUUCUACUUCUUAGCAGCUAGUAUCACUGUUAGCUAUGGCUAAGUUCACGGUUAACAUUGGAUAUGAACCUUCCUCGUUGUGUGGUGUAAUGUUAGCAAAUAGCCCAGGGUUGGCUCAAUGCUAAUGUAGCUGUUGUCUAGCUAGCUAAAGCUAAAUAGGCCUAGUUCAAUGGCCCUGUGAAACUCUAGAUUAUCACUUUUUAUUGGCUUUGAGAUGGGGAAAAACUGAAAGGCAGAGAAAAAAAAUUAACAAAAUUGUCAUAUACCCAACAUCGAUUUUGGAAAACAUAAUUUGAGCUCCUUCCCUUAGCGUGACAUCUGAAGAAAUUAGCAGCCAUGCAGUUACAUUGAAUUGAGAAUCGAGCUGUUCUACAAAGAUAGCAGGUAUUAUAAACCAUCGACUUGUUCUGCAUAUGAUUUUGGUACCAUGUAGCCUGAAGCUAACACCACUGUGUCUCUGGUUUGCAGCGUCCCUCCAUCCCCCUCUGUAUGUUGGAAAAGGAUGUGUGUUUUUGUCCGUGCAUCUAGCAUUGGAAAGGUCUUUGCAAUGAAAGUCACAACUGUGUUUGCUUUACCAAAACUCAACACGGACGUGCAACAAAACUGCACAUUUCUUUAAUUUUGUAGUAACUGUACCUUGUGCCUAUGAGCCCCAUCCUCUCAUGUACUCAUCUAAUCUACUCUAAUGUCUGUUUCCUGCUCAACCCCUCACUAGACUUUUCUACCAAAUGGCCAUUUCUUUGUAAAUACACGUGUUGGAGCAGCUAUGACUAACUAAAACAAACAACAAAAAAAGAUUUAAUAAAUAUUUCUGUCGUUGUAAA